UUCAAUAUGCUAUAAGUCAAGUAUAGUUCAAAAGCAUUUAGCUAUAAACUCAAAAACUAUUUAUAUAUAGCACCAAUGGUUAGGUGACGUCAACAAUGACGUCAUCAGAGAAUGUAAAGGAGCCGAGUCGGUUAUUUCUUCCUCUACUCGGAGUAUUUAUUGUAAUUUAUCUGAUGCUGGGAGCGAUUAUAUUCUCCUUAAUAGAAGCACCGAACGAGAUUGAACUGAGAAAAAUUAUGAAGGAAGAAAUUCGGAAUAUGUCUUUAGAAUUGAACGUUUCUUUGGAAAAACUGACAAGUCUUUUUCUUCAAUAUGAUUUAUUGGUCUUAAACGGAUAUACAGCGAGUGAUUUAUAUUAUGAAGAAUCGCACACUAAUAAAUGGAGCUUCAUUGGCGCGUUUACAUUCUGUGGAACCGUGGUUACAACUAUAGGUUUCGGUGUUGCAACACCCAAGACGACAGCUGGGCGAAUCGUUUUCAUAAUCUACUGUCUCCUCGGAUGUCCCGCAGUUUUUCUCUUUUUCAAUACUUGGUUGUCAAGAUUCAUCACAUAUUUCACUAAGUUCAUAUCAUGGGUCAAGUCAAAGAGGAAAUCAAAGCCAAAGAUAGUUAGAAAUAGAUUCGGCCAAAGAAAAAAGAGAGAAUCAUACAAAGCGUCGCCAUUCCACGUUCUUCUAGCACUGUCAUCAAUCACACUUUUCAUUGUAUUUAUGACGUCAUUAAUGUAUCACGUGAUGGAAUCUGAUUGGUCAUAUUUAACAUCCUUUUAUUACACCAUAACGGCGUACAGCACAAUCGGAUUUGGCGAUCUCACUAGUGGCCAGGAACAUUCAUACCAAAACAUAAAUCGAUAUCUUUAUCACAUCAUAGACGGGUUACUAUUGGUGAUCGGAUGCUGUUGCGUGUAUUCCCUAUUCAACAUGAUUUCGUUAUUUAUCAAGCAGUUCGUCGACUAUUUGAUUAAUUCUUUAAAGCGAAAGUGCUCGAGUAUGACGUCAGAUGAUGACGAUUCUGACGUUUCUGGUGACGACAAAGAUAUGUGUGAUAUCAGACUAUCGAAUGGACGUAACCAUAAAGACGUAAUCGUUUACGUAAAAGACAAUUUAAAACAUGUUGGACACGUGUACAGUGGAAUAUUAGCGAGUUCAAUACGAAAUGAUUAUUAUGGCGAGAGUAUAAAUAACGUAGGAGGUCAUGACGUCACAACUGAAGUUGAGCCUCCAACCUCGACAAAUGUCUCAUUUAGGAUCAGUGACGAAGUAAACUCUGUGGAAGACAAACGUGCCGAUUCCGACAGCGAAGAUGAGAAACCCGGAAAUGGCAGAAGAAUGUGGGGGGCUUUAAAAACAACUCUGAGAGUAACGAAUUCGCGACAAAAAAUCAGCAAAUCUUAUUCGAAUAAGUCGACACUGCGAGAGACAAAUUCAAAUAAUGCUCAUUCAUCUACUAAUUUUUCAGUAGCGAACAAAAAUUCUCGCUGGGGCGCAGCGAGGCGGCAUUUUACUGGAAAAUCUCGUAAAAGUACCAAACGAAAGAAAAGCGUUAGAAAAAAUCGAUCCGUUCGUUUGAACAAUUCAAUUUUCACCCCAAUACGCCCUUACGGCGAUUUUGCUUCUCCAGUUUUGCGAGCGGGUUUAAGACGAUCCACUAGCGCCCCCGAGCGAGUAGGCUAUGACUCGCGUUUACAAGAAGGCACUUAUUAUCGGGUCUCCAGAUCAAUGUACGCGAGCGAUUUUCGAAAUGUCCAAACCAAGAGAAAGUCAGAGAACUGGGAUGAGACUAAUGACGUAUUUCCACUAUCAAUAAUGCAAAAUCAAAUGGGUAUGUGAUUUUAUGAGGCCUUCAACACGUCUAUAGUCUGACACGAUAAUUAGAGAGAGUUUCGCACAGAAUAAUGGAACUUUAUUGGACACGAAAUCAACCUAUGGAUCGUUUUGCUAUUAUUCUGUUGCUGGUCUUAUUCUUCUUCUUGUUGCUAUGCGAAAAUUGCUUUCCUCAUUCACUAAAGGAUCAAUUACUUCGAAAUUUCCAGUGGUUAGAGAUUGUAUUUUUCGCUAGAAGGCUUUUACUUUUAUUCAUUUCUAAAUUUUCUAUGAAUCCUAUGAGAUAUUUCAUAUUGAAUUUGACUAUAUUUUUAUUUUCCCCAUGGGAACACAGUUUUUAAUCCGCCAAGCGGGACGACUGUUUCCGAUUUGACUCACCGCUAAGCGAAACUAGGGAAUUAAUUGAUACUGGCAGGUACGGUACGAAAAGUACUCUCUUUUGGUCUCAGUGUCCAUAUAUUUGAGCAUCGCUCUCUUAUUGCAAUUUUCACAACGUUCAAAUUCGACCACCUUAGAUACGUUUUUAUUUAAAACAGUAUGUUCGAAAAAUAGAGGUCAUUUCAUGGC